AUGCUCGUGUUUUAUGCUGUGUCAAUACUAACGGUGACGUCACUGAUUCUGUGUGACGACACAGUUGAAGCGGUACUGCGCAUGAUGGAAGGACAACGUCAACCUCCGAAGGACCCUAAGCGUCCACCACAAGACCGUAUUCGGUGUAGAAAAUUCGAAGAACCAACGGAUUGUGCUGAUUACCACAUUCUAAGGCCGCUGGACCCCUCUAACAAAAUCAAAUGUGUGCCGGGCUGCAAAUGUAUCGACAAUUAUAUUAGAAAUAGACGCGGUCAGUGCGUUCCAAUUAAACGGCAACCAGGGAAACCAGACGGCCCUGUGAAAGGAACACCGAUUCCAAUACCAGCUCAAAUAGUAUGCGGUGAGAACCAAGUGGCAUCGAGCUGUGCUGACAAUUACGCACCCUUCCCCCACGCCGCUGUUUGUAAGCCAGGGUGCCGUUGUAUUGCGAAGUACACCAGAAAUAGUUACGACGAAUGUGUGCCAAUUCCACCAGUUCUUCGGUGUGGCAAAAACGAGGAAGCUGCUGCUUGCAAGCAGGUUUGCCCUCCACUGUCAUGUAGUUGGGACCCUACUAAGAUGGCCUGCAGACCUGGACCAUGUCGUCCCGGUUGCAAUUGUAUCAAGGGCUACCUGCAAAAUGAUAAAGGAGUUUGUAUACCAGAAGGACAAUGCCCAAUAAUUCCAGAAUGCCCUGAAAACGAAGAAUACACGGACUGUUAUAAGAAUCUAGACUUGAGUGAUCCCUCCGCCACCUUGACCGUCAGAUGCCGUCCGUGCCAAUGUAUCGAAGGUUACGUGAGAGACAAGAACGGUGUUUGUGUUACAAAGGAACAACUUUGCGAGCGUGAUCGCAACUCAACAUACACUCUAUGUCCGAACCGGUGUGUGUCGACUUGCCAAAAUCCGAACGGCAUUUGCUCUUCGGAAUGUCGGGAAGCAUAUGGCUGUGGGUGCAAACCUGGAUAUCUUCAGUGUGACAAUAGAUGUAUUUUGCCGCAGGACUGUCCGGGUGGAAACCCAUGUAAGGAAAAUCAGGUAUUUGUCUACUGCAACGCCGGCUGCCCGACACUAAACUGCCCCCAAAAUGACAAGCUAGGACAAAUAGCUUGCGACCCUCCAAGGUAUUGUCCAUCUGGGUGUGCCUGCAAGAAGAAUUAUAAAUGGGACAGCGAUAAGCGCCAAAAAUGCAUCCUAGCUUCAGAAUGUCCACGUGUGAAUUGCACAAGAGAAAACGAAGAGUGGAACUCCUGUCCCGCGUCUUGCUUCUCGGACCAGUGCAGAGAUCUGAAACAAGUGUGCAGGGACACAGGCGGAGAGCGAGAGUGUAACCCACGAUGCGUUUGCAAAUACAACUAUCGCAGAGAUGACUCUGGCAAAUGUGUACCUAUUUCUAAAUGCCCAUCAACGUGUGGGGAAAACGAAGAACCUUCGGAAUGCAGUGACAACUAUCCGCGACCAGUUGCCGGUGACCACGGUGCAGUGGAAGGAAUUAGAUGCGUGCCAGGAUGCAGGUGUAAGAAGGGAUACAAGAGAAAUAGUAAAGGAGUGUGCGUUUUAACGGAAGCUGUGUGUGGAAAAUACGAAGAAACAAACUUUUGUAUAGCUUUAGCAGGAAUUUAUUGCCCACCGUGUAGAUGUAAAAAGGGCUAUAAAUAUGAUAGCAAUGGCGAAUGUGUUCUAGAUCUGAGGUGUGGUGAAAAUGAGGAGGCAUUACAUUGCAAGCAAUUUUGUCCCCCCGACACGUGCAGUUCGGAUCCCACUCGGUUAGACUGCAGACAACCCUCGGAGUGCGAAGCUGGAUGUAACUGUAGGGUCGGAUACAAGAGAGACGAAAACGGAAUUUGUAUACCUGAAGAGAAGUGCCCACAAUUUUGCAAGGGUGAUCGCAAUGCAACGUACACGGAUUGUCCCAGUCGAUGCUUCACCUGCAAUAAGGCGAACGCUAUUUGUACUAAGGAAUGUCGACCCAAAGGCUGUCAGUGCAACACUGGGUAUUAUCGCACUGAUGAUGGUAUUUGUGUUUUGCCUGAGGAUUGUCCACCUAUUCCAUGUGGUCGAAAUGAAACUUACGCCAAAUGCCAGUUCAGUUGUCCCACGAACUAUUGUCCGAGAGAUGACAGCUUAAACCAAGUGGCGUGCUCACCACCGAAGCCUUGCCUUGGAGGUUGUGUCUGCAACCGCAAUUAUCUACGAACCAAUGAUAAGCAAGAACGGUGUAUCUUAGCUUCAGAGUGCCCACGUGUGACAUGCACAAGAGAAAACGAAGAGUGGAAAUCCUGUCCUGCGCCUUGCUUCUCGGACCAGUGCAGAGAUCUGAAACAAGCGGUGUGCAGGGACACAGGUGGAGAGGCGAAGUGUAACCCACGAUGCGUUUGCAAAUACAACUAUCGCAGAGAUGACUCUGGCAAAUGUGUACCUAUUACUCAAUGCUCAUCAGUGUGUGGGGAAUACGAAGAACCUUCGGAAUGCAGUGACAACAAUCCGCGACCAGUUGCCGGUGACCACGGUGCAGUGGAAGGAAUUAAAUGCGUGCCAGGAUGCAGGUGUAAGAAGGGAUACAAGAGAAAUAGUAAAGGAGUGUGCGUUCUAAAUCUACAGUGUGGUGAAAAUGAGGAGGCAUUACAUUGCAAGCGAUUUUGUCCCUCCGACUCAUGCAGUUCGGAUGCUACUCGGAUGGACUGCAGACAGCCCGUGGAAUGCGAGCCUGGAUGUAACUGUAAGAAAGGAUACAAGAGAGACGAAAACGGAAUUUGUAUACUUGAAGAGAAGUGCCCACAAUUCUGCAACGGUGAUCGCAAUGCGACGUACACGGAUUGUCCCAGUCGAUGCUUCACCUGCAAUAAGGCGAACGCUAUUUGUACUAAGGAAUGUCGACCCAAAGGCUGUCAGUGCAACACUGGGUAUUAUCGCACUGAUGAUGGUAUUUGCGUUUUGCCUCAGGAUUGUCCACCUAUUCCAUGUGGUCGAAAUGAAACUUACGCCAAAUGCCAGUUCAGUUGUCCCACGAACUAUUGUCCGAGAGAUGACAGCUUAAUCAAAGUGGCGUGCUUACCACCGGAUCCAUGCCUUGGAGGUUGUGUCUGUAACCGCAAUUAUCUACGAACCAAUGAUAAAGAAGAACGGUGUAUCUUAGCUUCAGAGUGCCCACCCAUGAAAUGCAGAAGAGAAAACGAAGAGUGGAACUCCUGUCCCGCUCCUUGCUUCUCGGACCAGUGCAGAGAUCUGAAGCAAGCGGUGUGCAGUGACACAGGCAGAGAGCUGAGCCCACGAUGCGUUUGCAAAUACAACUAUCGUAGAGAUGACUCCGGCAAAUGUAUAGCUAUUUCUCAAUGCCCAUCUGACUGUGGGGAAAACGAAGAACCUUCAGAAUGCAGUGACAACUAUCCGCGACCAGGUGCCGGUGACGCUGCAGUGGAAGGAAUUAGAUGCGCGCCAGGAUGCAGGUGUAAGAAGGGAUACAAGAGAAAUAGUAAAGGAGUUUGCGUUCUUGCGGAAGCUGUGUGUGGAAAAUAUGAGGAAACAAACUUUUGUAUAGCCUUAGCAGGAAUUUAUUGUCCAUCGUGCAGAUGUAAAAAGGGCUAUAAAUAUGAUAGCAAUGGCGAAUGUGUUCUAGAUCUACAGUGUGGUAAAAAUGAGGAGGCAUUACAUUGCAAGCGAUUUUGUCCCUCCGAGUCAUGCAGUUCGGAUGCUACUCGGUUGGACUGCAAACAACCCGUGGAAUGCGAGCCUGGAUGUAACUGUAAGAAAGGGUACAAGAGAGACGAAAACGGAAUUUGUAUACCUGAAGAGAAGUGCCCACAGUUUUGCAACGGUGAUCGCAAUGCAACGUACACGGAUUGUCCCAGUCGAUGCUUCACCUGCAAUAAGGCGAACGCUAUUUGUACUAAGGAAUGUCGACCCAAAGGCUGUCAGUGUAACACUGGGUAUUAUCGCACUGAUGAUGGUAUUUGCGUUUUGCCUCAGGAUUGUCCACCUAUUCCAUGUGGUCGAAAUGAAACUUACGUCAAAUGCCACAUCAGUUGUCCCACGAACUAUUGUCCGAGAGACGACAGCCUAAACCGAGUGGAGUGCUCAGCACCGGAUCCUUGCCUUGGAGGUUGUGUCUGCAACCGCAAUUAUCUACGAACCAAUGAUAAACAAGAACGGUGUAUCUUAGCUUCAGAGUGCCCUCCUGUAAAAUGCACCAGGAAGAAUGAGAUAUGGAACCCCUGCCCUCCAGCAUGUUUCUCAGACUACUGCGGUAGUAAGGAGCCGACAACAUGCAAUACUGUUGCUAUUCAUCAAUGUACACCGCAGUGCGUGUGUAUAAAAGAAUACCGUAGAGACGUAUCCACUAACGAGUGUAUACCUGAAGUCAAAUGCCCACCUGUGUGUGGGGACAACGAAGAACCUUCGGAAUGCGGUGACAACAAUCCACGACCAGUUUCCGGUGACGACAUUGCAGUGGAAGGAAAGUGUCAGCCAGGAUGCAGGUGUAUGGCGGGAUACACGAGAAAUAGUAAAGGAGUAUGCGUUUUAACUACGAGUCUGUGUGGUGAAAACGAACAGCCAAACGUUUGUCCUGCAAUAUAUCCAAGUGAUUGCCCGCCGUGUGUAUGUAUUAAAGGCUAUACAAGAAACAAAGAUGGCAAAUGUGUUAAAACUCCUAAAUGUGGGAUAAAUGAAGUACCAAAUGAAUGCGCUUUGUUAUCUAGUACGAGUAAUAAGCCGGUAAUAUGCCAGCCAUGCAGAUGUGCGGAGGGAUAUAACAGAGACGAUUAUGGAAAAUGCGUCCGAGUGGAAGUAGUUUGCAGAAAAAAAUAUGAAGAAGUAAACAUUUGUAUAGCCUUAGCAGGAGUUGAUUGUCCACCGUGUAGAUGUAUCAAGGGCUAUAAAUAUGAUAGCUAUGGCGAAUGUGUUCUAGAUCUGCAGUGUCGUGAAAAUGAGGAGGCAUCACAUUGCAAGCAAUUUUGUCCCCCCGACACAUGCAGUUCGGAUCCCACUUGGACGGACUGCAGACAACCCGCGGAAUGCGAGCCUGGAUGUAACUGUAAAAAAGGAUACAAGAGAGACGAUAACGGAGUUUGUAUACUUGAAGAGAAAUGCCCACAAUUUUGCAACGGUGAUCGCAAUGCAACGUACAAGGAUUGUCCCAGUCGAUGCAACACCUGCAAUAAGGCGAACGCUAUUUGUACUGAAGAAUGUCGACCCAAAGGCUGUCAGUGCAAUGAUGGUUACGUUCUCAAUGAUGAUGGUAUUUGCAUUUUGCCUCAUGAUUGUCCACCACUGUGUGGUGAAAACGAACAGCUAAACGUUUGUCCUGCAAUAUAUCCGAGUGAUUGCCCGCCUUGUAUAUGUAUUAAAGGCUAUACACGAAAUAAAGCUGGCAAAUGUGUUAAAGCGCCUAAAUGUGGGAUAAAUGAAGUACCAAAUGAAUGCGCUUUAUUAUCUAGUACUAAGUCAGAUACGAGCAAGCCGGUUAUAUGCCAGCCAUGCAGAUGUGCGGAGGGAUAUAACAGAGACGAUUAUGGAAAAUGUGUUCGAGGAAAAGAAAAUAUAAUAGUCGAUAGUGGUUUGGAGCUGGCGAUGCUUGUGUUUUUUGUUACACUAGCCUUCGCGGCGGGGACAUUAUGUCAAGACGAAAUAAGUACGGAACAACUCACAGUAAUAUCCAGGCCCAGACCUCUAAUACUGUGUCCCGAAAAUGAAAUAUGGGUGAAAUGCAAAACAGUAUGUCCCCCGCAGUCCUGCAACAUUUUGUAUACCACAUACGGACCUUGCGAUCCUAACAUCAAAUGCGAACCAGGCUGCGACUGUCAAGAGGGUUUCCUGAGGGACAACUCUGGAGUUUGUGUUCCUACCGAUAAAUGCCCGACAGCUCCAAUUGUAUGCGGCGAGAACCAAGAGCCAUCGGAUUGUUCAGACAAUUACUCGUCUGUACCGAAACUUGCUGUCUGUGUGCCGGGAUGCCGUUGUAUUGAGAAGUACGUAAGAAAUAGUUACGACGAAUGUGUGCCAAUUCCGCCGGUCCUUGAGUGUGGUAAAAACGAGGAACCAGCCGCUUGCAAGAAGGUUUGCCCUCCACUGUCAUGCAGUUGGGACCCCACCAGGAUGGCCUGCAGGCCUGGACCGUGUCGGCCGGGGUGCAAUUGUAUCAAGGGCUACCUGCAAAAUGAUAAAGGAGUUUGUAUACCAGAAGGACAAUGUCCAAUAAAGUGCCCUGAAAACGAAGAAUAUACGGACUGUUAUAAGAAUCUUGACUUGAGUGAUCCCUCCGCCACCUUGACCGUCAAAUGCCGUCCGUGCCAAUGUAUCGAAGGUUACGUGAGAGCCAAGAACGGUGUUUGUGUUACAAAGGAACAACUUUGUGAGGCUGAUCGAAACACAACAUACACGCUGUGUCCGAACCGGUGUGUCUCGACCUGCCAAAAUCCAAACGGCGUUUGCUCUUCGGAAUGUCGGGAAGGCUACGGCUGUGGUUGCAAACCAGGAUAUCUUCUGUCUGACGACAAGAAAUGUAUUUUGCCGCAGGACUGUCCAGGUGGAAACCCUUGUAAGGAAAAUCAGAUAUUUGUCUACUGCAACGCUGGCUGUCCGACUUUAAACUGCCCAGAAAAUGACAAUUUAGGUGAAAUCGCUUGUGACCCUCCAAUAUAUUGUCCAUCUGGGUGUGCCUGCAAGAAAAAUUACAAAUGGGACAGCGAUAAACGUGAAAAAUGCAUCCUAGCUUCAGAAUGUCCACCCAUCAAUUGCACAAGAGAAAACGAAGUGUGGAACUCCUGCCCCGCGCCUUGCUUCUCGGACCAGUGCAGAGAUGUGAAGCCAACGAUUUGCUGGGACUCAGGCAGUGAGUCCGAGUGCAAACCACGAUGUGUUUGCAAAGGCAAAUACCGCAGAGACGACUCCGGAAAAUGUGUACCUAUUGCUCAAUGCCCAUCAGAGUGUGGAGAAAACGAAGAACUUUCUGACUGCGGUGACAAUUUUCCGCGACCACUUGUCAUUGACGACGUUGCAGUGGAAAGAAUCAGAUGUCUGCCAGGAUGCAGGUGUAAGGAGGGAUACAGGAGAAAUAGUAAAGGAGUAUGCGUUCCAAUUGAAGCUAUCUGUGGAAAAAAUGAAGAAAUUAACUUUUGUAUAGCCUUGGCUGGAAUUUAUUGUCCACCGUGUAGAUGUAUCAAGGGAUAUAAAUAUGAUAGCAAUGGCGAAUGUAUACCAGAGCCUCCCAAAUGUAUGCCAUUCGAAGUAUGGAAUAAUUGCACCCGGCCUGGCUUUACGGACAAUUGUAAUGAGAAAUCCUCUUACUCUUUCGCUGAUUCCGACCGUUGCGUACCUCGGUGCGUGUGUCAACAGUCAUAUGCAAGAAAUAAAACGAGUGGUAUCUGUAUACCCAUUCGCGACUGCCCUAUAUGUGGCGAAAAUGAAAGACCAAAUAUUUGUCCCUUAGCAAUUGGAAUUCGUUGUGAUCCUUGCAUAUGCAUUCGUGGCUAUAUACGAAACCAAAAUGGCGUAUGUGUUCUAGCGCCCAAAUGUGGAACAAAUGAAGUGCCGAAUGAAUGCGCUUUAAUACCUCCUCCGAGGUCAGAUACGAGCAUACUCGUCGUGGCUGAGGAAUCUGCCGACAAGAUCAGAUGCCAGCCAUGUAGAUGUGCUGAUGGAUAUAAGAGAGACGCUAAUGGUACAUGUAUUCGUGAGGAAGUAGUGUGCGGAAAAUAUGAAGAAAUAAACUAUUGUAUAGCCUUAGCAGGAAUUUAUUGUCCACCGUGCAGAUGUAUCAAGGGUUAUGUAUAUGACAUCAACCGCGUAUGUGUUCCAGAUACUAGUUGUGGAGAAUACGAAGAACCCAAUGACUGUACUGGAGUCAUUCUACAGUCUGACACUGUUGUGGCUGAGGAGUCUGUUGACAAAAUAAGAUGUCGCCCAUGCAGAUGUCGUAAAAAUUAUAUCAGAAACAAAGAGGGAAAAUGUGUUUUAAAUCUACAAUGUGGUGAAAAUGAGGUACCUUCAGACUGCAAGCAAUUAUGUCCCCCUGAAACAUGCAAUUGGGAUUCCAACAAGAUGGAAUGCAGACAGCCCAUCCCUUGCGAGGCUGGAUGUAACUGCAAGGCUGGAUACAAGAGAGACGAAAACGGAAUUUGUAUACCUGAAGAAAAGUGCCCACCAAUUUCUCUAUGUGGAAAGAAUGAAGAACCAAAUAUCUGCCCGGUAUUUCCUUAUCCACGACCUGUUACAACCGAUGUAGCGGUUAUUGAGCCUGUCGAGAAGAUCAGAUGUCGACCAUGCAGAUGUAAAAAAGGUUUCGAGUACAAUAUUAAUGGCACAUGUGUUCAAACAAUUUUAGGUCUCUGUGGUGAAAACGAACAACCAAACAUUUGUCUUGCAAUAUAUCCAAGUAAUUGCCCACCGUGUGUAUGUAUAGAAGGCUAUACAAGAGAUAAAGAUGGCAAAUGUGUUAAAGUUGAAGUAACAUGCGGAAAAAAAUAUGAAGAAGUAAACUUCUGUAUAGCCGUAGUAGGAGUUGAUUGUCCACCGUGUAGAUGUAGCAAGGGCUAUAAAUAUGAUAGCUAUGGAGAAUGUGUUCCAGAUACCACUUGUGGAGAAUACGAAGAACCCAAUGACUGUACUGGAGUCAUUCUACAGUCUGACACUGUUGUGGCCCAGGAGUCUGUUGACAAAAUAAGAUGUCGCCCAUGCAGAUGUCGUAAAAAUUAUAUCAGAAACAAAGAGGGAAAAUGUGUUCUAAAUCUACAGUGUGGUGAAAAUGAGGAGGCAGCACAUUGCAAGCAACUUUGUCCCCCCGACACAUGCAGUUGGGAUCCCACUCGGAUGGAUUGCAUACAGCUCUUGCCUUGCGAGGCUGGGUGUAACUGUAAGAAAGGAUACAAGAGAGACGAUAACGGAAUUUGUAUACCUGAAGAGAAAUGCCCACAAUUUUGCAAGGGUGAUCGCAAUGCAACGUACACGGAUUGUCCCAGUCGAUGCUUCACCUGCAAUAAGGCGAACGCUAUUUGCACUAAGGAAUGUCGACCCAAAGGCUGCCAGUGUAAGGAUGGUUAUGUUCUCAAUGAUGAUGGUAUUUGCAUUUUGCCGCAGGAUUGUCCAUCUAUUCCAUGUGGUCGAAAUGAAACUUAUGCCCAAUGCAAGUUUGGUUGUCCCACAAACUAUUGUCCGAGAGACGACAGCAUAUUCCAAGUGGCGUGCUUACCACCGUGGCCUUGCCCUGGAGGAUGUGUCUGUCAGCCCAAAUAUCUACGGACCAAUGAUAAAGAAGAACGGUGUAUCUUAGCAACAGACUGCCCUACUGUAAACUGCACCAGGAAGAAUGAGAUAUGGAACCGCUGUCCCUCAGCAUGUUUCUCAGAAUACUGCGGUUCUGAGGAAGUGGAGCCGGAAAAUUGCUUCACUUUAGUUGAGCAUGUGUGCAAACCGCGGUGUGUGUGUAGAAAAGGCUACCGCAGAAACUCUUCAUAUGAGUGUAUACCUAAAGAUGAUUGCCCUGCAGUUGUCGACUACAUUUAAGCACCCUGCUGAAGAUACAGAGUUCGGUGGUAACAUGUUACAAAUAUAAAUAAAUUCAAGAUAAAAUUUGUCCAAAUAAAAUUUUCAAUGUUUUUUAAAUAUUAAUUGAUGUACGUGUAAUGUAACAUGACAAAAAUAUUUUUGGAAGUAAAUUAAAUAAAAUGAUCAGC